AAAAAAUCCCAAUUUUAUUUUUAAACCAAUUCAUUCUGAUCUCGUCAAAUGGACUUCUGAGUUCUGAUUAGGGCUUUAGAGAAGAGAGUAUGUACGCGAGCCAGUUCGACGGCAACGCCGCCUUCUCCGGCGGCGGUUUCAUGCCCUCUCAGGCCACUCAGUCCGCCGAUCCUUCCUUCUCUCCCGCCAAAAAUCGUGAUUCCCAGCCUUUGCUUCCAUUGACCGUAAAGCAAAUAAGCGAAGCGUUCCAGUCCAGCGAUGAUAAAUCCAAUUUCCUUAUUGACGGUGUUGAUGUGAACAAUGUUACGUUGGUGGGCAUGGUAUUGAACAAAGCUGAAAGGGUUACUGAUGUUUCAUUCGCGAUUGAUGACGGAACAGGACGUAUUGACUGCAAUAGAUGGGUAAAUGAAGCUGUGGACACAAAAGAAAUGGAGGCAAUUUUGGAUGGCAUGUAUGUUCGUGUUCAUGGACAUUUGAAAGGCUUUCAGGGUAAAAGGCAAUUAGUAGUCUUCUCUAUCAGGCCAGUGACGGACCACAAUGAGAUUGCAUGCCACUUCGUUGAAUGCAUCUAUGUCCAUUUCUACAACACUAGAUUACGGAAGCUACAGGGACAGGGUGGUGUCCCUGCUCCGGCCCAUAUGCUGAAUUCAGCAGUUGGCACCCCUUCAAAGGGAUAUCAAGGUGCCCCACCAAAUCAGCAGUUUUCUGGACAAUACAGCAUUGAUGGUCUCAAGGGCAUUGAUCAAAUGGUCAUAGACUAUUUGCAGCAACCUUCUUGCCUAGCACGGGAAAAGGGUGUACAUCGUGAUGAAGUUGCCCAACAAUUAAACAUUCCAGUGGAGAAGAUCAUGGAAUCCAUCAGAUCCCUUGAAGAAGAAGGCCUGAUUUACUCAACAAUUGAUGAAUGCCACUACAAAUCUACUGGCAAUGGUUGAUGUCUUGCGUAAAAAAAAAAAAUAAGAAGAUGAAAUCAACUAGAGGACUAGUAAGCAGAUGCUAUCUAUAUCUCUUUUCAAUUGUGCUAUGUAGUUUAGUAUGACUAUUAUAUGUUAGUGAGGAGAUAGACUGAAUUAGAUAUAGUUGAGGAAAUGUGAUAUUCCAUGAGCUUCUCAUAAUUUCAUGACGCUAUUUUUUUCGGGAUGCAAGUGUAAUUUUACUUUUGAUGCACCAGUUGACCUGAAGUAGAAAUAAGCUAGGGGCAGUAGAUAGAAAUAAGAAAGCUAUUCCGGUUUUAGUUGGUGGAGAUGGAAUGAAGUAGGAGGAUGAUUGGCUAUGAAGUCUUGGAUCAAAGAAAAUAACAACGAAUGUGGACGUGGUGUUUUAUGCAUGGUUUGGAAGUUAUAAAAUUGUGAUAGUUGAAAGAGUCUAGGUUCCUUCCUUGUGGCCGGCUUUAUCAAAAUGGUUAUAUUAUUCUUGUUUUAAGCAAAAUAAGUGAAUCUAAUGGAGAACUUCAGCUUUAGUA